CGCGGGCCGUGGCCGGGGCCAGGGCCGGGGCCGGGUGCGGGGCGGAGCGGAGCGGAGCGGGCGGCGGGCGAUGGGCCGGGGGCCGUGGCUGCCCGGGGCCGUGGCCGUGGCCGUGGCCGUGGCGCUGUGCGCGGCGGCGGCGGCGGCGCUGUCCACGUGCCGCUCCGUGGACCUGGAGGCGGCGCGGCGGCGGCGGAUCGAGGCGGUGCGGGGCCAGAUCCUGAGCAAGCUGCGGCUGGCGGCGCCGCCCGAGGCGCCCGGGGGGGACGCGGCGCUGCUGCCGCUGCCGCCCGCCGUGGCCGCGCUCUACAACGCCACGCGCGACGCCCCGGCCCCCGCCCGCGACCGCGACCGCGACCGCCCCGACGACUACUACGCGCACGAGGUGCAUCGCCUGGACAUGGCGCCCGCCAGCCCCCAGGGCGCGGGGGCCGCCAAUGCCUCAGUGCGGGGCACGCAGGGCAGCUACGAGCUGCGCUUCGACGCGGCGGCGCUGCGGGCGGCGCUAGGACCCGAGCUACUGCUGCACGGCGCCGAACUGCGCAUGCUCCGCAAGCCCUACACGGCUCAGGCGCCCGCGGCGCAGCGCGUGGAGCUCUACCAGAAAUUCGGCGCUGGGUCAUGGCGCUACGUGGAGACGCGGGAGGUGGCGCUGGGCCCCGAGCCGCAGUGGUUGGCCUUCGACGUCACCGACGCGCUGCGCUUCUGGCUCGCGGGCCACGAGCCUUGGGGUUUCUUCAAGCUGAGCCCGCACUGUUCCUGCGAGGACGACCACAGCACCGCCGAGAUCCUCUUCCAGAUCGAUGGGUUCGAGACCUUCCGGGGCGACAUGGGCAAGGUGAAGAUGCAGGGGCAGCGUCUGCCCUUCCUGCUAGCCACCGCCACCCCCCCGGAGCGCGCGGCCCAGCUGCAGAGCCCACGGCACCGCCGUGCCGCCGCCGACACUGCCUACUGCUUCGGGACGGAAGAGAAGAACUGUUGCGUGCGGAAGCUCUACAUCGACUUCCGCCAGGACCUGAAGUGGAAGUGGAUCCACGAGCCGCGCGGCUACUGGGCCCACCUGUGCACCGGCGCCUGCCCCUACAUCUGGAGCUCCGACACGCAGUAUAGCAAGGUGCUGGCACUGUACAACCAGCACAACCCCGGUGCCUCGGCCGCACCAUGCUGCGCCCCCGAGACCCUCGACCCGCUGACCAUCGUGUACUAUGUGGGCCGCAAAGCCAAGGUGGAGAAGUUGUCCAACAUGAUCGUCCGCUCCUGCAAGUGCAGCUGAUCGGCUGGUGGGCCCCAGAGCUCCGCCCCUGCCCGCCUCCCAUUGGACUCAGACUCUUCCCCCCCCCACCCCUCAGCAAAGCACGAGGGGAAAAGCGGUUAUUUUUUUAAAGGAAAAAAAUGAGAGGUUUUUUUUAAAUGAGAGGUUUUUUAAUGUAAGUUUUCUAGAGGGGUUUGGGGGGAAAUCUCGUGGUUUUGGUAAACUUGAGGGGGGGAGGGAGGAGGGGGGGGUUAGAGUUAUUUAACGGGGCCCCGAAUCCCUGGAUUUUAAUUUAAGCCGAUGCUGCCGUGGGUCCUGGCACCUUCUGCGGCCUUAUAAGGACACACUCUUAAUUUAUGCGUGAAGGGUGGAGCUCUGACUGAAUAGAGGCUCGCCCCUUGGCAGUUUUGGCCCCACCUCCUGCUCUGCCAGCCAACUGGCAUUGGCCUGGCCGCAGUGGGCGGGCCCAGCUGGCUCUGGGACUCCACCCACUGCCCAUGGGGCUCUGCCUCCAGCUGCAUGCCCCUUCCUCUUGCAGACUCCGCCCCCUCCACCCUCCCAGGCUGGACACGGGCAGGGGGUGGGGGGGAGGGUUCCCCAAUUUCCAGUUUCAAAAAGAACACAUGGGGGUGGGGGGGUAAUGGAGGGGGCAGUGCCCCUCACUCCUGACCCCCAGGUCCUUCCCCCAACUCCUCCCCCAGCCCUGCUCGUGCCCCUCACUCCCAACCCACAGCCCCUGCCCCCCCCGCCCUGCUGGUGCCCCUCACUCCUAAACUGCAUCCCCUGCCCCUCCCGCCCCAUUGGGGCAACCCAAAAAGAGGGCAUGUUUGGGUGGGCGUAUUUGCCCCCAUGGGCACUGGAUUUUGGGGGUGGGGGGGUGGUACACGGUGUGUGGGGGGGUCAUGUGUGUAACAUUAAAGGCAGCCGGCUUGGCUCCGGUCCCUGCUCUGA